AUGGCACGUUAUGUGGAUCAAUUCGCAGAAGCAAGGGCAACAACGUCUUCUUCCUUCGUAACCCAGAAACCUGUGGGAUUCGACAGAAAGCCGCAGUUUGAUCGCCAGCAACAAUUGAGGAGUCAAGGGACACCAGGGAGUCAAAGGGGACAAUGUAAUGUGUGUGGUAGAUACGGACAUAAAUCUGUCGAAUGUACAUCCGGAACCUACACACCAAACAGACAAUCAAGUGAUAUUCACAAGGGAAAAUAUGAAUCGAAACAAGUUCGUUUUAGUGAUGACAAUCGUAACUCAAACCAUUAUAACAACAGGAACAGAGUUCCAAGUCCUAUGAGACAUUCACCUUCCUUUCGGUAUCGCAAUAGAAACAAUAGAAAUCAGUGGCAAGGAAGGAAUCGUCAAGGAUCAUCAGUUGUUGAUGCACAUAAGCAUGUGUCACACGUCAAUGACUGUAAGACAAUCCCAGAGACUGUUAUGCCGAUAGUCAAGGGUUGCGUUGGUGGCAAAAUUGUGAUCGUACUCAGAGACACUGGUUGUGGUGGAGUAGUGAUAAGUAAAAACCUUGUGAAACCAGAACAGAUGACAGGACAAAUUCAGAAGUGUGUUUUGGCAGAUGGUAGUGUGGUCGAUGCUAAUGUGGCAGAAGUAGAAGUUGAUUCACCGUACUACUCCGGAACUGUUGUCGCUUGGUGUUUCGAAAACCCAUCGUAUGAUUUGAUUUUGGGCAAUAUCGAGGGCGUCAGAAGAGCAGAUGACCCAGACACAUCGUGGAUAUUGGCUAACGGAUCGACUACAGCAGUGCAAACUCGUAGCCAGUCGAAGAAACAGAGCCAGUCUUAUAAACCUUUGCGAGUUCCAAGCGCCUUGGCAGAUGUAUCUCCAGAGGAAUUCAUUAAAGAACAACAAACGGACACGAUCCUGGAUGUAUUCAGAAAUCUAGCCAAAAGUCAGCCAGUGGAAACAUAUAGUGAUGGUGGAUCAACCAAAAUAUAUGAGCGGGACAACUUGUUAUACAGAGAGUUCACCAGUCCAAAAGUUUCGAAUGGAAAAUUAUUUCAUCAGUUGAUCGUACCGAAGAAAUACCGACACUUUGUAAUGAAACUUGCGCACGAAACACUGAUGGAUGGACAUCUAGGGGUGAAGAAAACUAUUGACAGAGUUACAUCAGAGUUUUAUUGGCCUGGAGUUCAAGCCGAUAUUCGACGAUUCGUCAAUUCCUGUGAUAUCUGUCAACGAACAACCCCAAAAGGCAAAAUUCAUCCUGUUCCAUUAGGUCGUAUGCCUCUUAUUUCAGAACCAUUUCACCGAGUUGCCGCAGAUAUUGUGGGACCGCUAGAUCCAAGAACAACAAAAGGAAAUAAGUAUAUCUUGACGAUUAUCGACUUUGCGACACGCUAUCCUGAAGCAGUGGCAUUGUCUGGCAAAGAGACUGAGCGAGUAGCAGAAGCUCUAGUUGACGUAUUCAGUCAUGUUGGAGUACCAAGAGAAAUCUUAACAGACCAGGGAACACAGUUUACAUCAGAUGUAAUGAAAGAAGUCAGCAGGCUACUGUCAUUGAAACGAAUCACGACAACUCCAUACCACCCUAUGUGUAAUGGUCUGGUGGAAAAAUUCAACGGCACUCUUAAACAAAUGCUUAAAAGGAUGUGCGCCGAAAGACCCAAAGACUGGGACAAAUAUCUAAGCGCUUUACUGUUCGCAUAUAGAGAGGUACCGCAAGAGAGCUUGGGUUUCUCACCCUUUGAACUUCUAUAUGGACAUACAGUGGGUGGUCCCAUGAAAAUUCUGAAGGAAUUAUGGACAAAAGAAAAACCUGAUGAAGACGUGAAAUCAACAUACCAGUAUGUGAUUGACCUCCGAGAAAAAUUAGAAGAAACAUGCAAGAUUGCACAUGAACAGUUAGAAAAAGCACAAAAGAAAAAGAGACACUAUUACAACAGAAAGACAAAGGUCAGACAGAUGAAAGUUGUUGGGAGAUAUGGACUACAAAGUUACGUUGACGGGAAACUGAAGACUCUCCAUGCAAACUUACUGAAGAAAUAUGUUGAGAGAGAUGAUGAGUGUCGUGGCGUCUUAACUGCAUGUGCCGUGUCUGUCAUUGACUGUGAGGACGAAGACACCGAUGAAAAUCAAGAGUCCAUUAUGUUACCUCCUGCAGUUCAGACAGAAACCUACAACGACAUCAAGAUCUCAGAGGAGAUUAAGCCAGUUGAGCUUCAAACAGUAAAGACUCUGUGUGACUCAUUCAGUGACGUUCUGACAGAUCUACCCGGAGCAACAAAUUUGGUGGAGCACAAGAUUGACGUGACAACAACUAAGCCAGUUAGAGUAAAGCAGUACCCUCUACCGUUCCAUACAGAAAAGACAAUAAAAGAGGAAGUGGGAAAAAUGCUACAGUUGAAGGUCAUUAAGCCAUCAUCUUCACCUUAUUGCGCACCAGUAGUCAUAGCUAGAAAAAAAAGAUGGCACGAACAGAUUUUGUGUGGAUUUUAG